CUGGCCCGUGGACUAUUCAUAAAUUCCACCGAAAGUAAGAGUACGAGCGGGGCCCGGUCGCUGGCCCGCAGGGCAGAACCCCCGCGAAAGUGCUCCCCCCCAGCGAAGACUUUCUUGGUACACCUGGGGAGCUCGCGAUGCAAUUUGGACAAGAGUCGAUCCACGACCGCGAUCAGUACAGUGCCGUGAUUUUUUUGCUCCCAACUUGCGGAAUAGAACCACUAGACAUAAUGAAGAUCUUUUUGGCGCUAUCAGUGUUAUGUGUCUAUCUGAGCACUUCGGCCUCACUGCCUCAAGGCCAGGGUGUGACUGCAGGCCUGCCGGCAUACACACAGCUUAGGGCCGAUCAGGUGCGCUACCUGCAGAACAAAGGCUUCGGCGCCACCCUCAAAACCUUCAGACCCACUGUAGCCUAUGAGGAGGUGGAGGAGUACGACGAGCAGGACAAUGCGCCCGAACCGACGCAAGAUCGACAGCCCACCUACGCCUACCCGACGGCUGCACCCAAAACCACCUACUACGCAACUGUCACGCCCAAAGGGUACGCCAAGCCGGACGCGAGGCCUGCGCAGACCCAGCAGCAGUACCGAAGGGCCGGCGAGAAGACCAACAGGUUGGAGGAGGAGGAGGAAAAGGAGGAGGAGGAGGAGCCAGAUAGGCUCACUUUGCUGCUCCCGCAGUCCAAGUUCCAGUGCCAAGGAAAGAAAACCGGCUACUAUGCAGAUGAGGAGUUGGGGUGCGAAGUUUUCCACUACUGCCAUGACAACGCCCGUCACUCCUGGAUUUGUCCCGAAGGGUUCACUUUCCAUCAAAUCCAGCUGAUUUGCAUGCCACCUAGCGGUGACAACAUCUGCGACAAGUCCUCAGACUACCACUUUGUCAACGAUUAUCUCUACAAGCCGGUUAACCUCGAAGAAUACCAACAGAGACCCAACACGAGCCUGCGCUACUCUGACCGGUACUUCCCAGACUCCUACAGGCCCCGAUACGACGAAGAGGACAACCAGCGCCCAGUCCACCAUCAGCACUCGGUUCGUGUGACCAAUGCGCCCAGGUACCAGCAGCAACAGCAACAACAGCAAGCCGCCGCAGCGCCUUCUACCACGUUCCGCCCCCAGGGCCAAGUCGGGCAGGUUUUCCGGUCGCCUGAGGAGAUCAACAUCAGUUUACAGCAAAGGAGGCCGCAGUACUCUACUGCGAAAUACGUGGAUGUCUAUGAGAGGAAGUAGGAUGCAGAUGGCGGAGCUUCCUGCUAGUUGGAGUGUAAAUAAAUUAUUUUUAUACCUAUGUUAGAGUUUUAGGCUUUAUUUAAAAAGUGUGGAUUUGUUCAAUAAAUGUUCAGAAAAUCAGAAUUUUUAUGUCAAA